UCGUGUAUUUUUACUGCUUCCUUUCAGUGGCACACUUGAUGAAGCCGUGAACACACUGGAGUUGGUGAAUCUGUUGCAUUAGUAUUCUCAUCCUAUGAGAGUGCAGUGUGUUCAACCACGUCAUGCCUCAAGCAACUGCACCUAUCAAGGUUAGAACAGAGCUCUUAGAUCACCUUCUGCUACCUACUCUCAGUAAACGCCAUAUAGAGUUUAUCGUUUCAACUUGCGGCGCAUAUUAGUCUAUUUCGAGUUGCGGUUACUGUCGCGGGGAGGUGUUUCGUUUAAAAGCGGCUGUUAUUUCUUCGUUGAAGGACUAUACGGGGCAUCAAGACAUGUUUGCAUCUGGUUCUUUGUUAUCGCAUUUCUCUCUGCUGAAGAAGACGAAGCCCUGCAAGGACACUUCAGCUCUCUGCUGGAGUGAAUGAAGGUGACUCGGCUUCUGCAUCGUGGCAAUGCGGAGAGAAUCCAGGAGCAAGACACGGGCAGAUCGAUCAACUGAGUAAGAAAUUUACCAAACGAGUGGCAGCAUAUUGAUCAAUCGGCAUUUUACAUCAGGGCAGUUUCUUCACUUGAUGUGUAUGCAUGAGUUCUGCACCGAAUGGGCGCAAAAACCGCCCCAGAACUGCCGGGACCAUUUUCCAGAUCGGCAGUAAGCCCCCGUCCAGAGAGUCGGAGCGCCGGGAGAGCAGCGAGGCUCUGCGUGCCGUAGCGGACUGCAGAAUGGUUGUCCAGGAGUUCAAUACACUUGUGGCCCUCUAUAGGGAGUUGGUUAUCUCUAUUGGAGAGAUUUCCGCUGAUUGUCCCUCUCUUCGUGCGGAAAUGCACAAGACACGCACAAAAGGCUGUGAGAUGGCACGGACUGCACAUCAAAACCUUUCUGCAAUAUCAGGCCCAGAAGAUGGAGAAAUACAUCCGGAGAUCUGCCGCCUCUUUAUCCAGCUGCAGUGCUGUCUGGAAAUGUACCUGACGGAGAUGCUGAAGUCUGUGUGUCUGCUGGGAUCCCUGCAGCUCCACAGGAAAGGAAAACAUUAUUCAGGAGCUACAAAGGUAGAAAGUAAGAAAGAGGACAGCUCUGACAUCCCAAUCCUGGAAGACACGUCAUCCACUCCGCCGGAAUGUCCGCAGACAUACUUCCUGGUGGCCACAGACAUUGAGAACAUCGAGAGGGACAUGACAGAAAUGAAAAAUCUGCUAAGCAAACUCAGGGAGACCAUGCCUUUACCACUGAAGAACCAAGAUGACAGCAGUUUGUUGAAUCUGACGCCAUACCCGUUGGUCCGGCAGAGAAAGCGGCGUUUCUUUGGCCUCUGUUGUCUGGUGUCCAGCUAAGAGCUCUCUCUCCCAGAAUCCAGUCACAAAUGACUGCGUUUCCUCACAAUGUGUGACACUCACCAAUCAACGGUACUACUGCCAUUUCCCAAACCAGUGCUUUCUUUUGGUGAGUUCUGUCCAAUUUCCUACUGCUAUGAGAAUAAAUAGUAAUAUCUGUGUAACAUCAGUAGUCAUACAAACACUAUAUAAUAUUUGAUCAGUACGACAGAUUUUCAUUUUUAACUGAAUGUUCGUCUACAUUAUGCUUAGUAAAGAAAAUGGUUUGUAGUAUGAAUACUGCUAUGUUUGUCCACACGAUUCAUAUGCUGUGCUUUUUGUCAAGACAGGUGUUGUAAAAUGAGGCGUUCAAGAGAGCUAAUUAAAGCCUAGGUUAUGCUAAACUUUUUUUUUUCUUUUUUUUUUU